GACUAACGGGUCAGAGUUACCACCGGGACAGGGCCGCUCAGGACAGACAGAGUUACAGUCAUGUCCCGUCUGGCCAGUACUUCCCACAUCCCGCCUGUAGGCUGACAAGCUACAUUUUACUAUAAUCAGUCAAUUUUAGUCAAAGCCACUUCGAGUCAUCUCGCUCAACACAGAAACUGUCCUGUUUGUGUUGCUAAUAUUGUCCUUCCUGGGAUUUUGGGGGCCCUGCAGACCUACACGUUUAAAUGAAUAACUCAACUGCCGUGGCAUGCUCGAGUUUGGGGUCAUCAUUUAGAAGGAGGUUGGAAUCAGAUAUAGUUGGGUUAUGAUUUAUUUCAUUCAUCGCCUUCACAAAUCUGACGUUUCGCUAGUUUGCGUGUAGAUGAAUGUGAGGUAUUGUGUGUAGCCGACUGAAUGCUGGACAGGCCCCUCGGCUGUGUUCUACCAGUGAGUGUGUAAACAAGCCCAGUACCGCCGGAAUCACUUCCCUGUGCGGAUGCACACAGGUCAAAUCACAGCGGAAUUUCUUCUCUCCCCUUAUUUCACCUCGCCUCCCCCUCAGCCCCCUUCCUCGUCCUCCUUCUCCUCUGAUCUCUCGCUGUUUGACGCCAUGUAAUAACCAACACCUGGAACCUCGGACACGCAGGUCACGCUGCACUUCGCUAACCCCCUUGUUGCACCCCCUCAACCAGACCCUCCGCAACUAUAUUGAGCAGCAACAAGAACCAGAACCACCUCGCCCCCCUCUGCAUCUGCCCAGGAUCUAUCGCCCCGUCUAGCUGUCAGUCAGCAGCGCGGUUCAGAAACAGUUCACGGUGUCAGUUCGCCAUAUCUCGGGAAGAAGGAACAAGCCGGACGUCCAACGGUGCGCCCGCUGUGUUUUUAGGGUAAAGUAGCACUGCGAGCCCCAGACCGAGCAGCCCCCGUCUGCUUGUGUGCUGUGUGUAGGCUUUAAUUGUUGAAGCUUUGUGGGCAUGUUGCAGAGGCGUCUCAGUUGAUGCAACAGCAGCAGAAGUGCAGCAGGUACGCGGUUCACACGUCGGGUUCAACUGGCACGGAUGUUGUUUUACUGCCAUUUUGAACCAGACUGCACGUUGGGAAAGAGCCGCAUGCACCGCCGCGCCGACUGCGCGUAAUUACGCAGUCGGAAUCAGCGAAGAAUACGUCCAAUGGUUUUUCCAACAAGGGAUUCUGUGCUCCUCUGUUCUCCAGCCGGUGUGUCCGUCCAUGUCCAAAAAAAAAAAAACACUGCAUCCAGUGGGAAGGAAACCAAAACGCGCCGGCAGCAGCAGGCCAGGAAGGAGAGACGCCGACAGACAGCAGUUCUUAGGAGCUUUCUGGAAGCCGUUUUCCUCCAUCAAGACAUUGGGAAAUAGGAGAAAAUCUUUCGGUCAGAUUGCAGGGGACCGUUGGAGAGACACCGUCACGUGACCCCCGGUACCAAAUGGUCUUCCGGCAGUGGUUUUCAACAAGGACCGCAGCACAAGCAGACGCCGCCACUUCUCUCAGAGAUGCAGAAGACAACGUACUACGACAACUCCUCGGCGCUUUUCGGUGGCUACUCGUCCUACCAGGGUCAGGGGGCGGCUGCGGCAGCGGCCGUCAACGGCUUUGGGGGCUACGAUGCCCCGGUCCCAGUUUCCCACCACCAGCCUGCCUUCCAGUCGGCGACCCAUCUGGAUGUGGAUUCGUACCAGCGCUCUGCCUGCUCUUUACAGUCACUGGGCAGUAACAGUGGCCACCAGCAGCAGCAGCAGCAGCAGCUCGCCAAGACCAAGGAGCUGAAUGGCAGCUGCAUGCGGCCCAGCCUGCCACCUGAGCACCACCCUGGAUCCCAGGUGUCCCCUCCACUGCCCCCCAAUCCCAACAAUGGUAAUACAGGGGCUCAGCAGCCGGGGGGCAGUAAUGGGGCCUCCUCGUCCUCUAAAUCAGCCCCCAAUAAGUCGUCCAAUUCCUCCUCCUCAACAUCGUCCUCCUCUUCACUGCCCCCCAACCCAACCCUGGCCAAGCAGAUCUUUCCCUGGAUGAAAGAGAGCCGCCAGGCGACCAAGCAGAAAAACUGUUCACCCAGCAACAACAACAACUCUGGCAACGCCUCAGGAGGAGCUGAGAGUGGUAGCAGUGGGGAGAAGAGUCCCACCAGUGGGUCAUCAGCAUCAUCCAAGCGGGCUCGUACGGCGUACACCAGCGCACAGCUGGUCGAGCUGGAGAAGGAGUUCCAUUUCAACCGCUACCUGUGCCGGCCGCGGCGCGUGGAGAUGGCCAACCUGCUCAACCUGUCAGAGCGCCAGAUCAAGAUCUGGUUCCAGAAUCGACGCAUGAAGUACAAGAAGGACCAGAAGUCCAAGGGCCUGAGCUCCAGCUCUGGAGGGCCGUCACCGACCGGCUCCCCACCCCUGACCAUGCAGUCUUCUGCCAGCUUCCUGAACUCAAUACACCCCAUGGGAGGGGGUGGCGGAGGAGGGGGCGUGGGCUACGAUGCCCCAUCGCCACCAUCUUUUGGCAAGCCCCACCAGGGAGUGUCUUACUCCAUGUCCACUGCCUACUCCAAUGUCUCCAUGAAGGGCUGCCCCUCUCAGCAGAAGUAUGGCACCCCAGAACCAGACUAUGGUGACCCCCAUCCCCACCACGGUCUUGUGCAGGCCAACAGCGCCGGCUACGGGACUCCCACCAACAUGCAGGCCAGUCCAGUCUACGUGGGGGGUGGCAGCUAUGUGGAACCCAUGCCUGGCUCUGGGCCCUCCAUUUAUGGGCUAAACCACCUUGGCCCAACGCCACCCCAUCACCAAACAAUGGACUACAGUGGCGCAGGGCCUAUGUCGGCAGCCAACCAGCACCACGUGGGUGGAGGGGGGCCCCCGGGUACCUGCGACCCACCCACACACCCCACGUACACUGAGCUGUCAGCGCACCACACUUCGACUCAGGGCAGAAUCCAGGAAGCACCCAAGCUCACUCACCUGUAGCAGGUUUGGAACAAAAUGACAACAUAGGAAAUAGUGAAGACGACAAGACGAGCAAGUAACACGACGCGACUCACAAACAGACUAACUAACUCGUGGGGACAGUGCCUCUGCAAUGGGACGGCAGGAGAGACAAAACCAGACCGAUAGGAGCCGUCCAGUGGUUUGUCCUGUGCUCUACAGUCAGAAAGGGGGACAAUCAGCCACGUCCUUGAUCCAAUGCCUUCAUUGGGAGCUGCAUGAAGUCUGAUUAGGGCCAGAGCUUCAAAGUGCAAUUAAAUUAAUCGCAAGGAAACAGAUUUUAUAUCUUUAAGUUAGCAGUGAUCUACCCAUGAACCAUAAAACAUUCACACUGCUACAAAAACAUGAAAUAUAAACACUUUGCAGUUUAAGAGUAGUUUAUCAGUGGUAGUUGACAAACAAAAAUUGCAGUCUAGGACCAAACCCACUAACUCACCCUCUGAUGCUUUUACCUCACGUCCUUAUACAGGAAUUGAGAGUCAGUGCAGUUUUACACUUCCUAUUAGAAAGGAGGCUGGUUUCCAAACUAAUUAAUGUUUCAGAGGACAUCAUCAGUAAUUGAAUUUUUUUUCUCUUCAGAACGCUUGAUUCAUUUUGCAAAUGUUUACAUGAACCCUAUUAUGGUAAUGUACACCCUUUUCUGAGUGUAUUUUAUGGUCCUAUAGGGUGGUGAAUCAUACUGUGCACAGGCUUGCUGCCCUGGGGGCAGUAAAGCUCCUCAUGUGGCACUAGUGCAGAAACAUCAGCAUAGCAAGUUUACUGUAUGGUGAGCACCAUUGUUAAGUCAGUAUCUCAUAAUAUGAUGGCACAGUCCACCCUAAAACUCCAAACAGCUUUUUAUAUAUUACAUACAUACAUUCAAAUAUUUCUCGUAUAAAACCAUUUAAUGAAAGAUAUAUAAUGUCUACAUUACUCAGAAAAAUAACUGCAGUAUGAGAAUCUAAUAGUGAUAAACUCCAUCCUCAAUGGAAUUUUAUUGAAAUCACUGUAUUUUUUCUAAACAACUGUUGCUAGGACAGAGCAAAUUGCAACUGUAGUUCAGCUAGCAUGUAAUAAAAAAAAAUAGUAGAAGCCUAUAAUGGCUCUGUUAGAGCUAGUUUGUGGUUUUAAAAAUUGUACAUUGAUAAUAACGCCUCCCCCCUAAAACACACGUAUACACAAACAGCUCUCCUGCCUGGUAAAUGAAAUAGUUGAGAUUUUAAUGGGCAGUUAACGAUGGUGCCAGAUUAAUGACGCUGAGCUCUCUCUCCCCCUCCAGGCUACACAUGUUGCUGUCAGCCAAGCUGAGCUAUGUGGAGGGCUCUGCCUCUCCAUCAGCCGGAGAGGAAGAGCACCCCCCCUCCCCAAACACACACACACACACCAGAUUCCUCUAAGCAUAUAAAAACCACUGGAUGGUCCUCCCUUCACUGUCUCUUUUUGUCUCCUGUCGUACCUGUCUCCGUCAGUCCAGACUGAAUCGCAAGUAAACCACUGUCUCCUCUCUGUAGCAGCACAUGGCUUCUGAAGGAGGCAGACCCCCCCCCCCCCCUCACUGCCCCCACCCUCACACAUCCAUCACUGCACAUGCACUCGCCUCCAUCACUCCAACAGGGUUUAUGAAGCUAAGAGCUAAAAAGCUAAACUAAGCUCCCGUAGAGACACACGUGGGCUAAGCUAUGUUAGCUAAUCACACCUUUAUACACACAUGCACAGACACGAGCCAACGCAGCAAUGCAAAGCUAGCCUCCUUUUACUGACACACACACACACACACACACACACACACACACACAGCCAGGUUGACUGCCAGCUGUUGACAUCUCCAAACAAACACGAGAGGACAUGGAAGAGAAAUUUUAAAAUGUUCUUAUUUUAGCACAUCGAUGACACAGGGUAAAUAAUAAGAGUGGAGAACACUAUUUAUUUAUGUUUGGGUAAGUCCUUGCCCUCCUCUCUCUCUCUCUCUCUCUCUUUGGACUGUUCACUUACAUUAGCGCCACACCAAUGCGAGUCCACAUUUAUAUUGUUUUUGGUUUCUUCCUUCUGUUCGCACAUAUCUUGACUUUGAACGUGGAUACAGGGUAUAUAUAUUUGAACAAAAAAUGCAUGUCCCAGGAAUCUGAGCACGGUGUGUAUCACACAUUAAAAACAACUGGCUUCAUUUGUUUGAACAGUCAGUGAGGGCCAUUUGGAGCAACACACACGCCCUUAACACGCUGCACUCACUGAGGUUCAGGAAGUAAACCGGUGGUUUUUAAAAUGCAGAUUCAUACACAUGCUUUUUCACAUCUGGGCAUCAUUGUUGCACUUAGAGUUUACAUUUUGAUGGUUAAAGGUAAAAAAAAAAAUGACAAUAAUAAAAUCUUAUUUUGAAGACGGAAGACCCUCCAAUCAAAGCGUCUUUCGCAGAUGUGUGUUCGAGUGAACAUUCAUAUCUAAAUAUUUAUUUGUUAUAGCCAGUUUUAAAAAGCCUUUCUGUUUUGUAUUAUUAUUUAUCCUUCAUGUAUUUAUAUCGAGAAAAAAUACUGUACUUUUUUAGUAUUUACCUGUUAUGAAAGAAAAAAAAAACGUUGUGUUUCUUCUUGUCCAUUGUACUGAAGUUAAAUUUUUUAGUUCUUGUAUUUUAGAAGAAAAUAAGUAGUUUUUAUGUUCCUAUAAUGACCCUUGUACAUAAAUGUCUUGGCUUGUACAAGGACAAAGGUGAGGGUGGGUAAUGGUCGCCCGCCCUCGCAUAGUUUGAAAAGUUAGACAAACUAUUAGCUGGAAAAAAAGAACAAGUCUUUUUUGGAGAAAAAAACAAACUUCUUUCUUUGUCAUUUGUAGCUCCCUUUUCUUUCAUUGUUGAGAGAAUUGUCUGUCGAACAAUUCUUUAAUAAAAGGUUAUGUUAUUCAGA